CUUCUUUCACUUUAUCUAAUAUUUAAAUUUCAUGUUCUUAAAUAUUAAACCACUCCCUUUGAUAAAUUUUUAUACGAAUUUACAAACAGAAUGCCUUUGAUUUUUAUUUUUCUUCAAUCAAAAUUUGAAAAUUUUUCUUAGAAGAUUUUCACAGAAUAUUUCCUGUUUGCUUCUCUGUUUUUCAUAUUCAGAAUUCUUCUUCUCUAUUGAAGUGCAGAAAACCUAAAACUUAAAAGAGCUAAAUUUAUUAGGGAUCAACAGCGCCAGGCAGCAGAAUGAGUUGUUGCAGACGUCGUCGUCCAUUGGAGGCAUGUGGACUUUCAAUGUAUGCUAUAGCACAAAGUGUUUACACAAAAACGCAAGGUCUAAACGGACCAUUAGGUUCAAUGAUGAAGAAGACAACAAAACUAGUUGCUGCGUUUUCUCCUCUUCUCUGUGCCUUGCAAUGCCAAUUGUUAGUCAUUAUUAGUUUCCUUGAUGAUUACAUUCUUGCUUUGGAAUCCAAGGUUGAAAAUAUUUUCCCACCAACAAAGCAUAUAUUCGAUAAAACUGAUGAUUUUGUAAGAACAGUCGAAACUCUCCCUGCAAAAUUUGAGGAUGCAAUGAACAAAUUCCCAAUGAUCAUCCAUCAUGUUCCAUUGUUGGAUUGGACAUUGGUUCACACCAUCUCCUGGCUCAAUUUCUUGACCUCGAUAUUAACAUAUUGGGGGUUGCAUGGUACAAAGGAAAAAGAAAUUGGAAUUGAUAAAGACUACAACGAGUACAUGGAUCAAUCAACAACAAUUAACAAAGCUCAUCAUCAUCAUACAGUGGAAUCGUCCUCAAAUCGGGUUAUGAAAGGUACUUAUAAAGAGGUGUUGGAGAAGGGGAUGUCAAAGAAUGAAGAAAAGAAAGAGGAUUUUGGAAAGAAAGGUGAGGCUUUUAAGGAAGGAGAAGAGAAGGAUAUCAUGGUGAGUGGUGAUCCUAUUCUAGAGCUGUUUGAGUCGACUUGGCUAAUGAGGCCUACAAGCAAAGGCAGAGAUAAUAUGCUUUCAAGAUCAGUUUCGUAUACUUAAAUGGGCUUAAUUAGAUGGAAAAUUAUGGUAAUAGACAAAACUUAUCAUAACUCUGAAUCAGAAAAUAUACAAAUUAAGAUGUU